GACCUAGUGACCAAAAUUUAUCCGCGAGAAGCUGUCGACAUCAUUCUAGUGAGGGAAACAUGGCCUCCCCCACCGUAACACCAGAAUGGCUGUCAAGUCAAAUACAUGCCGGAAACAAAGAUUUGAGAAUUUUUGAUACAACCAUUGGACCUUCCGGGCCAUCAAUCGAUGAUUUUAGGAGUGCGCAUAUUGAAGGAGCACAGUUUUUCGACUUGAAAAGGAAUGCCCCUUCACUCAAUACCUCCCACUGGGUUUACCGGAUCCUGCAGUUUUUCAGGAUUACGUGAGAUCCUCGGAAUUAACACGUCCAGUCGCGUCAUCCUGUACGAAAACAUCGACCAAAACGGGUCUAAAGCAUGUCGAGGAUGGUGGCUGCUGAGGGUUCACGGUAUAACGAACGUUUCUGUGUUGAGCGGGGGAUUGGUCAGGUGGAAGAAAGAGGGCCAUCCCGUCACGGACAAGCAGUUCGAAUAUGAGAACGGUGACGUAACGGUCAAGUUCAACAAAAGCCUGGUAAUGCUGUAUAAUGACAUCAAACCCGAAGAUGGCCGACAGUUCGUGGACACGCGACACCCCGACAACUUUGAUGGCAAAGAGAAGGAACCCUCAAAAUUCCAGAGCUACUGUAUGGGCUUUCUGGGACUGAAGUCUGAUGGUCUGAGGUUUCAGACCGGUCACAUCCCUGGAGCCGUCAACAUCCCCUACCCUACCCUCUUCAAGGAGGACGCUAUUUCCCUUAAAUCCAAAGAGGAGCUUCUACAAGUGUUUCAGUCAGCUGGGGUCAAGCUGGACCAACCCAUGACGUCCACGUGUUACAUCGGCUUCACAGCCUGCAUCCUCGCCCUGGCCGCGUGUGUCUGUGGGAAGGACGAUGUCAGUGUGUACUAUGGUUCCUGGACGGAGUACGGACAAAGGGCAUCUGAGGCCAGUGUGGAGUGCAUGUAUUGAAUACGUAGCCAGUAGCAGGUCCAUCCUCUUCUGAUCUUGAUCUGCUGCUGCUGCUGCUAAUGAUGAUGAAGAAGACACUGACGAUGCUGAUGUUGGUGCUGCUGAAGCUACUGUUGCCGAUGAUGAAAACUGCAUGCAUUGUGAGCCGUUGGUGCUGUAUGUAGAGAGGGGACUCAGAUGUUGACUUAUUUGCUAAAGAAUAUAUUAUAUGAAACUGAUAAAGAUCAAAUAAACAAAAAGUGUUUUACCCCAGUUCUAAAAUCGCAAGUACAGUGAUCGUAGAGUCAGGCUCAGUUACAAUUAUGAAUGGAAAGAGAACUUUAAUAAAGUUCUAAUGUUCA